AGAUGCUACUUCCACCUGUAGCCCGGCGAUCGCCCGUACAUCUUCUCGUCCGUUGCCACCGCUUGCAGAAUGUGCCCUCUAUCGUGACACCUUACACCCACUCUCGGACAUUCCUCAGCUGGUUCAAGAAGUCCCAACCUGCUGAUGCAACGAAAAAAGAGCCAAUUCCAAUACUGACGGAGGACAAUCUGUUUCACCCGUUCUCCCAGUCGCCUUUCCCGCAAAUACGCGCUCGUGGAGAGGCUAUCCAGAAACUUGCACCAUGUCCUAUCUGCGCGUCCUCGCAUACUGUGUCCGAAGCACACACACAUGCACAACCGCGCGCUGUGAAGUUUGAGUGUCCUGAUUGCGGAUGGCCGACACACUGUUCCGAGGAACACUGGAAGGAGGAUCAGGAGCAUGAAAAGUAUUGCGGGAGGCUGCGGGAAGUCAAUGAGGACGAGCAUGAUCUCAGAAGCGGACGAAGGCUCCGGGAGUUCGAGCUACCAGGACCUCAGGACUCUGAAGCAGCCAUCUCUUUUGCUAACUGGGACGUCUUUUGGUAUACGCGUGAUUUCCCGUCAAUGGACAGCGAGCGUUCCCGAAGACAUGCUAGCAAACUGUUGACAUAUCCGAUCACAAUUGGUUCUGUGUUGCAUCAAUUCAGUAGUCUGACUCUGAGGAACCAGCGCCUCACUCCGGAAGGCAGCCGUUCGCUAGCUGCACUGCGGACGACCCUGCAUGUUCCAACUGGCGCUCCCGAGGUUGAAGAGGCAUCUGUAGACCGGCCACAGAUGAGAAUCUUCAUCUUGGGUGCUCGAGCAGAGUCGUCACUUCCACCGCACAUUUGGGAGCAGCUAUGUCUGCUUUUCCCAGCCGCUCUGUUCCAUAUGUACUUCAUCGGUCCGCAAGUCUCGCUUCCCAGACCGAUCGAAGACUUACAAAAGCCGACCAAAAAGCCAGCUCAAGCGAGCGCACAAGAACCUGAAAAAAAGUCUACAGCUGAAUCAAUGCUGUCUGCACAGGCGAGCAACCCCCAAGCAGAGGAAAAGCCAGUUGAAGGUCAGCAGCAGGCGGAAACGAAGCCUCAGGAGAAACCUGUCUAUGUGCCAAAUAUCUACGAACCACCCACCCCAGCGCCCAUCGCGCGUCUUAAACGUACCCGCGAGAGUAUCCAGGAAUACGGUGUCCCCUCAUAUACGGUACCUUACACGCCGCAGCUGACAAUCACCGGAAUGCAGGCCAACUUUUUGGACGUACAUGCACAUUUCCAGGAAACAUUCGAUCCCUACACGGAUUGCUUCUUCCUGUUCUCGCCUGGAUUCGGCUUUCCCUCGCCCAACUCUACGUCUGAGGUCACCGGAGAGCCUCUCCUGCAGAUUGCGUCGCCAACCGAGUGGGGUCCUGCGAUCCCCCUGCUCCUGGCGAGCAAGUGCCCCAUCUUUGUGACAGGAUUCUCGCCGGCUGAUGUUGAGCGCGAUGUCAAGUCACUGUCUACGGCACCUGGUGUUGCUGGCGAGUUCGACUGGGUGAUCACCCCCGGGCCGAACCCGUUCGGCAGUGAGAAGUGGGAGGUGGCCGACUUUGACCCGAGAGUGAUGGUGAAGACGAACUGGGGUAUCUGGGGCAUCCGGGGGAAGACGAGAGAGGUUAGAGAGCGAAAAAGUUGGUUCUAGAAUGUACUUCAUCAAUGUACUGCUUGUUCUUCCCCACUCUUAAUGCGAGCGAACUCUCAGCCAC